AUGGAGCAGCCACCGGCAGCGCGGCGACUAACGCGCGACGAAUCCGAGGACAGUCCGGUCGAGUUCGUGGUGGUGGAGUCGGACGUAUCGAUGUCCGAUGCGGGACUCAGCUCGCCGGAGAAGAAACCGAAGAAGAAGCGCAGUGGCCUAUCAUUCAAGAAACUGCGCAGCAACGCGCAGAAGCUUAUACCGAAGCGAGGUCGAAAGGAUUCGUCGGCGAAAUCGUCCGAGACGAGCUCGCUCGGUGGUGAUUCGGGCAUGGUGAGUGGCGGUACGGAUGACUUGCUUCCGGCCACCCCUUCCCCACCUCCGCCUGCUUCACCAACGGGGACCGAGGCGUCUUUCGACACCGUACUGAAAUCGACCGAAAGCCUGCCGGCAAUCAAGGAGGAUCCGGUACGUGAGGCCGCACUGCUUGGUGCACGCUCGGACGAGGACAUACUGUUGGAUGGAAAGGACAAACAGCGGCAGAAAAAAGCGCGCAAGCCAAGCCGUGCGGCUAGUUUCAUGAAGAAGUUGGCUGGACGUUCCAAGUCGUCGAAGGUGGCGCCAAACCCGGAGGGAUCGCCGGCAGCUGGUGGAGCUUCCGAGGGUGACGAGAUAUCGUCCGGAACGUUGGAGACUCCGCUGAGCAUCAAGCGCCAAACGCCGGAAGGUGCCAUGUUUGUGUCGGGUGCCGAGCAGUACCAAAAUGGUGACCGGGACGACGGAACGUCGGUGGAUCCACCAUCGCCGAUUUUGGUGCGGCAGCUCGAUUCCGAACCGACGGCACUAAGGGCCAAACGGACUGAAAUGAAAAUCACGCUCACACGCAGCCUGGCUAAACCGUCGACCUCACUGGAAACCUCGCUGGACGGCGCAAACACUGAUGUGAACGAUGCGAUGCGAAGCAACGAUGGCGGUGGCAUGGGCAAUGGCCUGAACGUCACUCGGAACGCGGUGGCUGAGAACAGCAGGGAGCUCGCAAUCGACUCUAAACCAAUUAGCUCAGACAUCGUUUCUGUUCCGACACCGAGGGUAUCAAUCGGGAUUGAACAAUCGCCGCAGUUGAUCGCAGCCGUUCGUACGCAACAGUCAUCGUCAUCCACGUCAUCCGUUGAUACGCGUCUGUCCAGUCUGCUGAGCGGCGACUACAUCGCGGAGAUCAAUAAGUUUUCCAUCGAGAACAUUACCAACGCCGGCGCGGGUUUAGUAGCAGGAGGAGCAGGAGGAGGAGGAGUGGAAUUGCCACCAUUGCCGCAGCCACGUGCAUCGUUGUCGAUUCGGGAGCGAUUCUUCCAGCAGCCGGUAGUGACGAUCGAGUCGGCCCCAAACUUUGAUUCCCAGGACGUUGCACCACCGUCGUCGGUUGUCGUCGACGAGGAAAUAGACGGUUUUAUGAGGAAAGCGAGAGGAGCGAGUUCGGCCACCGGAUCCGGAGGAACAGCGCGUUCGAAAGGGGGCAGCAAGAGCCCGGCGACGGUUGACAAACCUACGGCGGGCGCCGCCAGUGGGCAGCAGCAAGACUUGUCGUCGUCGUCGGCCUCAUCGUCGACGUCGGCAAGUAAGGCAGCUUCUACGGUACGUACACAGGAAGCGGCUAAGCCAUAUCAGCUGGGUAACAGCCUAAAGAAUCCCAACAAUUCUGGAUUUAAAUCGAUCGAACAGCAGCAGCCGGCCGACCAGCAGCAGGAUCCAUUGCCAGUGAACGUCAGUGUGGACAGCAAGGGGAACGCGGAGAAGCAGGACGAGCAACAGGGCGACACCAUCCCAACCGAACCGACAAUAGUUUUCGAUAUCGGAACACAGGUACGCCCGGACAGAACCUCCACUAUCGUUAAGCCUGCUGGUGGCCGCUCAGCGGCCACAACGCUUGCCGUACCUUCCGCGGGACUGGAGAGCGGUGCCCAGUCGGGGACAUUUGCCUCGAUCGGUAGCACCUCACGCUCGCUUGACGAGCUGAUCGGCGUUGGAGGUGGUGGUUCGUACGACGACAAUAGUCAAAACAACACUAGCGAGGGUUCGCUACGGCGCAUUGCUUACGUCGAACAGCCGACCUUCUACACGCCAGAAGAGGAAGAGCUGCUGACAGGCAAGCCGCCACGAUCCUCCUCCUCCCUGCUGUCGAGCGCGCUCGAGUCCGGCGAGUAUUCGCUCGAGUCGGAGGACUACCUCGAGAGCAAGAUGUCCCCGCACGGUGAUCUGCUACUCGAGAAGGGGGCCUCCGACCAAUCGGCAACUAUGGCGACUGGACAGGCCGAGAAGCGUGAGCAUCUCUACAAAAUUCUCGUCAUCGGCGAACUCGGCACUGGCAAGACGUCCUUCAUCAAGCGGUAUGUGCAUCAGUUCUUCAGCCAAAACUAUCGCGCCACUAUCGGAGUGGACUUUGCGCUCAAAGUGCUCAACUGGGACCAGAACACGAUCAUCCGCCUCCAGCUGUGGGAUAUUGCCGGGCAGGAACGGUUUGGUAACAUGACCCGGGUAUACUACAAGGAAGCAGUAGGUGCAUUCAUCGUUUUCGACGUCACACGCAGUGCCACAUUCGACGCAGUGAUCAAGUGGAAAAACGAUCUCGACUCAAAAGUGCAACUUCCCGAUGGCAAACCUAUUCCGUGCAUACUCUUAGCCAACAAGAGUGACCAACAGAAGCAGGGAAUAGUGACGACACCCGCCAAACUGGACGAGUACGUCAAGGAGCACGGGUUCGCCGGAUGGUUCGAAACAUCGGCAAAGGAGAACGUUAACAUUGAAGAAGCGGCCAAAUCGUUAGUGAAUAAGAUUUUAAUGAAUGACAAACUGUUAAACACGGGUGAGGUUAUCGAUUCCGAACGGUUCGGCCUGAUUGGCGCAAAGACGGACACGAGUCAGAAGAAAUCCUGUGCUUGCUGA